UGACGGGAUGAAUAAGUUGCUCAGAGUCUUGUGACGAAGUACGUCAGUAUAAACAGCACCAGUCAUUCACGAUCGUCCGCUCUCACAAGCCUUUCUUGCAUUGUUCUUAUUUCCUGAUCAGACAGAUUCUGUUGGGGCAAAAUGUUUAAGAGUGGUCCUAACUACAGUAAACUUAAAACUAAUUUACGGCUGACGAUCAACCGCUUGAAACUACUUGAAAAGAAGAAAACGGAGAUUGCUUUGAAGUCGAGAAAAGAAAUCGCUGACUACAUUUCAGGUGGUAAAGAUGACAGAGCGAGGAUCAGAGUGGAACACAUCAUUCGUGAAGAUUAUCUUGUUGAAGCAAUGGAACUUCUAGAAAUGUAUUGUGAUUUACUGCUUGCGAGAUUUGGUCUGAUACAGACCCAAAAAGAGAUAGAUCCAGGGCUGGAGGAAGCAAUUGCUACAUUAAUAUGGGCUACACCACGGCUGCAGACUGAUGUCCAAGAACUCAAGUCUAUAGCUGACGAAUUAACUGCCAAAUAUGGUAAAGAGUUUGGACAGCAAUGCCGCUGUAAUGGCCUUAGCAAUGUUAGCGAUAAAGUGAUGCACAAACUAUCUGUGCAGGCUCCUCCAAAAGCUUUAGUGGAAAAAUAUAUGAUGGAAAUAGCCAAAGCAUUCAAUGUGCCUUUUGUUCCUGAUGCAUCUGUCAUGGCACAGGAUGAAGUGCUGUUAGCAGAAAAUUUGCUGAUUGAUUUUGAUGCUGACAAGAAAGGGGGAGGUGGAGGACCAAGUGGAGGGAUGAGAUCACCGCAGCCUCUACCAUCAACAGCACCAUAUCCAGCAGCAGCUGCUGCUCCUCCAAUCCCCAGUGUUGGUCCAAUUGGUUCAUCACCCUAUCCCCCAUCUUAUAAUGGCCAUGCUUCUAAAAUGAGUCCUCCUCCGAAUUUCAAUGAUUUGUAUGAUAAGCCAGGUAAUGUCUAUGACAACCCUAAUGUUUAUGACCAUGUCAAAGCUCCCCAUUUUCAGCCACCUCCUGCAGGGUUCAGGCCUGGUGCUGCAGCCCAACCCCCACCCAAAUCAGAGGAUGUCUUUCCUGAGUUACCCACUGUCCCCACAAACAGCCUGCCAGAAAUCAGUCACACUGUAGGUGGGACAUCCGCAGGUGGUGAAGACGUGGACUUUGAUGACUUGACACGCAGGUUUGAAGCACUCAAGAAGAAGAAAUAAUGCAUAUGGAGAGAAAGCCUUUUAACAUUUUUAUUUAAUUAAUCUAGUAAAUACUUUUGCAUCACCAUUUUUGUCUUGCACCUGGUAUCAUUCCUCAUCAUUUUUAAGCAAAUAGUUUCUGGAUCAAAACCAUUAGCAGUAUAAAGUGCUAUUACACUCAUAUUAAGAUAAAUUUUCAAAAAGAACUUUGUUGUUUUGGAUUUGUUUUUCAUUUUGUGCUCUAUGAUCAUCUUGGAAAUCAUGAAAAACAGAUUUUUCUGAAGGUGAAGUGGGUGGGGGGGUUCCUAAUAUUACGUCAUGUCUAUAGAUCUUGCUUAUUUUCUGUAGUAGUAAUUUCUUGCUGAUUAUCACAUGUAAUUACUUCCUUGAAUUUCAUAAUGAACUUUUUAUAAUUAGUUUCAAGUCCAAUGUUUGAGAAAACACAUGUAAUAGUCAUAAGGUUCUGUCCUACCUACUAAUUUUCUUUUAAUGCUGUUUAAUUAAUUUUUUUUUUUAAGUAUACAUAUAUAUUAAAUACACAGUUCACUAGCACAAAGUUCAAACUCUGCAAGUACAAGUAGAACUUACCAAGUGCAAACAGCAUAACACAUUUCUGUCUGUCAAGGAAGGAUAUUACUCUUUGAGAACUGAUUCACCAGAAGUAAACUGCAUCCUUUAUUCAUUUCAGUAGGGAAUAUCUUUACAUAUGAUGAUGAUGUUUUUAGUCUUCAUAAUCUGAAAAGAUCAAUAAUAUCUCAGUAGAAUUUAAGAAAAGUUGGCAGUGUCCAUUGCAUUAAAUAAUUUCUUCCUGAUCCUUUUUAAUAUGUUUAGAAUUACACCCUUUACUGGUCUUGACUGUGGAAAAGAAAAUGCAUAAAAUAUAGGCAUGCCAAGAUUUCUAUGAUUGCUUUAAACAAAACUGUAUUCAGAAAGGAAACAUACAGCUUUUAUGUAUAUACUGUACAAAAUGUAAGAAAUAAAUAACAAUUUAGCAGUCUGAUGGGAGAAAGAGAUGUUUGUGCAUCCAUCAUUUGAAAAUCUUAAAUCUGUGUUUAAUUGUUUAACAUAGCAAUAGCUUUUGAAAAAUGUGUGAGAAUGUAAUAACAUUAGCAGCGAUCGGUCAUUUAUGCUUGUAUUAGAAGAUUGAAUGGAAAACAAUAGGAAAUAUCCAGGCAGAGCCAUAGAAAUAUGGUGCAGUUUUAUUAUGGGAAUGCUUGGUCUCUGAAAGAAAGAAAAGAUUUUUUUAAUUCUUAUUUAUGUACAUGAUUGCAUGAAUGAUUCAUAAUUCAAUGACCCAACGCUUUUCAAUGAUUGUUUUUAAAUUUCGUUUUUCAUCCUCCAUGUAUAUUUUGAAAGUCUGUAUACUUUAAGGCACUUUUUGUUUAAGAACAUUUUUGAUGGUUGUUAUUGUUAGCAAAGUGUUUAUUCUAUGUGUAUGCUGCAGCUGCUCUACGCGAGUCGAGUACACCAGCUGUAGCACAGUGCAUGCUAUCAAUGCAAUGUAGAUAUGGCAGAUCAGUACAUACAUGAGUGGUAGUCUGUUGUAUCUUUCUUUGUACACUGUCUUACCUCAUGUUUGUAGUUUGUUGCCUUUCAUAGUUUUAUUAUGCUUUGUUCAUCAUCAAAAGCAAUGCUGUGCAAAUUGUCAGUCACAUAGCAAGUUCAUUUGCUAUAUUUAAUAUUGCUUUUUUUUGUUCUAGGUUUUUUUUCAGAACCUAUUUGUGGCCACAAAUAGUUGUUUUUUUUUUUUUUAAACCGCAGGUUUUCGUAUGUGUUGAACAAGAGAAGAGUUGAAAUGUUAAUUAUGUACAGUGCAUUAAAAUGUUUCAAUAAAGACACUGUUUUAAAUGCUGUAUUAUAUAUUCCACUCUUUAAAAUGGUACCGUGUUAAAUGGUGUAAUAAUAAAUGUAUUUCAUGAUACAUUA